GUGGUUCAGGAAUACGAGCGUGCAGUUAUUUUCCGCCUGGGUAGACUACUGUCUGGGGGUGCAAAAGGUCCUGGACUGUUUUUCAUCGUACCAUGCAUUGAUUCAUAUACAAAGGUAGAUUUGAGGACUGUAUCAUUUGAUGUCCCACCACAAGAGGUACUCACCAAGGAUUCUGUGACAGUUGCCGUUGAUGCAGUGGUAUAUUACAGAGUUCACAAUGCUACAACGUCCAUCACUAAUGUUGAAGAUGCUAAUCGUUCAACACGGUUACUAGCGGCAACAACACUACGUAAUGUGCUCGGAACUAAAAAUCUCAGUGAGAUCCUUGCUGACAGAGAGGCCAUCAGUCACCAGAUGCAGACGUCCCUAGAUGAAGCUACAGAUCCCUGGGGUGUUAAAGUUGAACGUGUUGAAGUUAAGGAUGUAAGACUACCAGUUCAGUUACAGAGAGCAAUGGCUGCUGAGGCAGAAGCUGCACGUGAAGCUCGAGCCAAGGUGAUAGCAGCAGAGGGUGAACAAAAGCAUCGAGAGCAUUAA